CUCAUGUCUCACACCUGUUUGCACUAAUCACGUCCAUUAUUUAAACCUGUAGUUGCCAGGUGGUCAGCCUGGCGACUUUACCUACACUUCCUUCAUGCCAUGCCUGUUUAAUCAUUCUGUCCAGUUUCCCUCCUGCCCAUGCCACUUAAGUUUUUGCUGGGGACUUUCUGUCAAACUAGGACUAUGAGGUGGUUUGUUUUUCCGAGGCAAAGGAAAGUUGGCACAGGCGAGACGUGAAUUGGCCAAGUCAACCUGCCCCCACCCCCCCUUUCUUGCAAACUUGAUGACAUGCAGAGGCGCUCUGCCACUCUUGGCACAGUCUACCCGGGGUGUGCACCGUGGGAGGGUGGGGGACUGUGGAGGGGUCGCCAUGCCCCGGCCGAGCAGGAGCGAGUACGGCGAGCACAAGCCCCCUUACUCGUACAUCAGCCUGACCGCCAUGGCCAUCCAGAGCAGCCCGGACAAGAUGCUCCCGCUGAGCGCCAUCUACAAGUUCAUCAUGGACAACUUCCCCUUUUACCGCAGCAACACCCGGCGCUGGCAGAACUCCUUGCGACACAACUUGUCCUUCAACGACUGCUUCGUCAAGAUGCCCCGCAGGGCCGAGCACCCCGGCAAGGGCGGCCUGUGGGCGCUGCACCCCCUCUGCGGGGACAUGUUCCACAACGGCAGCUUCCUGCGGCGCCGGAAGCGCUUCAAGGCGACCGAGCACGCCGUGGCCGUGCGGGCGCAGCCGCCCUUCAAGCACCCCUUCGCCAUCGAGAGCCUCAUCCAGACGCCCGCAGCCGUGCGCCUCCCCGUGGCGCCCCAGCAGCAGCACCCCGACUGGCCGCCCCGAACCCACGUGGCGCCCAGAGACGUCCUCCUUCCCGCCGUCCCGGUGCCCGUCAAAGCGACGCACGUGCUGGUUCCGGGCCUUCACACGCACGUUCCCACUUUCCUGGGGGGUGGUCCCACUCAGGCCUUUUUCAGCCAUGGCGGGCCGCCUGUGUGCACGUUGCAGGUGGACGUGCACUAAAUGACUUCUUCUUCACUGCACAGCAGGUUGACCUCUGACCUCCGUCAAACAUGAACUUUGUCGGCGUGUGUGUGCGUGUACAGUUUCACGUGACAGAAAUACUACUGCUUUAAUAUUUAUUGUAUUGUUUGAUUUCUUCAUCUGCAUGUCUAAUGGCCAGUUAGAAAAUAUUGUCAAUACAGUAAUAAUAGUAAUAUUAGCAACAAUUAUUUUAAUGAUCAAAUAAUUAAUUAAUAUUUCAUAUAGCUAAUAAUGGUAUUGCUUUUAUAAUUAUUCUGAUUACAAAUAAUAUAUAAUAAUUAUAAUACAUACAAACAUAGA